AUGGCUUCUGUAAGACCCUUGGCAGGCUACAACGAAGAAGUACUCUACUUCGCUACUGCUCCGUCGUCCUCGCUAUCUCCUCGCAAUUUCUGGAUGUUUCUAGGCGUCGUAGUUGUCGUGUUAUUGCUAAUAUCCUUCACGCUGGCCAAUUUUGUGGCCUGGUGCCUGCACUUACGUCGAGAACGCCGCAUUCAGCGUAAAACGGAAGAAGUAGCAGCUGCGUCUAAGGAGAUCCAACCUCCGUUCGUGCCGGUAACCCUUUUCACGGGCUUUUUAGGCGCUGGGAAGACCACUUUACUCAACCGGAUCUUGAUGACCGAAGACCAGCUGCCGUACAAGAUCAUGGUGCUGGAGAACGAGCUGGGGGCCGUUAGCAUUGACCACACACUGCUACGGACAGGAAGCAAGAAAAUAAACGGUAUCUACGUCCUGAAGAAUGGCUGUAUGUGCUGCACAGCUCGAGGAGGCCAAGAGAACGGCGGAGACGAACUGGAACGAAUCCUGGACUACUUGCUGCAGCUGGUACAGGAGCAAAGCUUUGAGUAUCUUAUAGUAGAGACUACGGGUCUUGCAGACCCAGGUCCGAUUAUUGAAACGUUCUUGAGGUUGAGAGCGUCACGAUUUCGACUUGAUGGGAUUGUCACGAUGGUAGAUGCCAACGCAACGCAGAAAUACUGGAAUGAAGAAACGCAGGUAUAUGAGUUUCCAAUUGAGUUACAGCGACAAGCAUUAUAUGCAGAUGUUAUGGUGCUGAAUAAGGUGGAUAUGGCUACGAAAGAAGAGUGUAAGAGACUGGAAGAAGCACUGGUAAGUAUCAACGAAGAAGCCACGGUUUGUUGCUGUGUGAACGCAGAAGUAAACUUGGACAAGGUCUUGCAUGUGAAGACGUUUGAUACAGUGCGUUUUAAUGCGAACAAAACAACUGCUAGUGGAGAAACAAAAUGCAUGCAAUCGCGAGGUCAACAUACAGGAGGCAUUAGUACAAUGCACUUUGAGGUCGAACGCGAUGUGGACGUCGCUGCAUUUGGCGAAUGGCUUUCUAGGAUUGUUGCACGAUAUGUGAAAGGAGCGGACGUGCUUCGUGUGAAGGGUAUUCUAUCCGUAACAGGAGAUGCUGCAGAUCGUCGUUGUGUCGUGCAGGGUGUACUCGACACGUACACAAUCGCACCAGGAACAGCCUGGGAGACUGGAGAACAGCGCGUAUCUCGUCUUGUACUCAUUGGCCAGAGAUUCGAUCAUGCUGAGCUUGAACACGGAUUCCAGAAUUGUCUGGUGGACAACAACAGCGCUAGUAACGAAUCGAAAAAGCUGCGGUGA